AUGGACACCACUGACCUCAGCGCUAAGCGUCCUCGGACUGUCCAGCACCCAGCUGUGGAGGAGGCCGUCGCCUUCUGGGUCUUGCAGUGCCAGCACCGUGGGGUCGCUCUCACUGGAGAUCUCAUACGGGCCAAGGCUCAGACCUUUGCGGGAUCAAUGGGCGUCUCGGAGGAAAACAUCAGCUUUUCGCAUGGGUGGCUCCACAAAUUCCAGCAACGCCACAAACUGCGAGCUGUCCGCAUUCAUGGCGAGAGUGGCUCAGCAGAUAUGGGCGCUCUAGAGGAGGCUCUUCCACACAUCAAGGCCGUGGUUGCUGGUUAUGCGCCACGUGACGUGUACAACAUGGACGAAACUGGUUUGUUCUACAGUAUGACGCCCGACAAAACGAUCGCCCAGCAAGAGACGCGCAUCACAGUUGCUCUCACGGCAAACGCUGAUGGAUCCGACAAACUCCCACCGGUCUUCAUUGGACACGCCAAAAAGCUGUGGUGUUUUGAGCGCAAGACAGCUGAGCGACUGGGCUUUCUAUACCGCAACAACAAGAAAGCCUGGAUGAAUGGCAUACUCUUCCAGGAAUGGCUGGGAGACGUCGACAAAAGUAUGAAGGUAAUUUGGGGCAUGCCUUGA